AUGGCUCUGCGACCUCCGGAUGAGACCGAGCUCCAGGACAAGGUGUGCUACCCACCGGAGAGGCUGCAGAGCAGCCCCCAACCCCUAGCUGCCUACUACGCACCUUUUGCCGCCUACGGUCCCUACAGGAGCGCCUUGAGCGCGGCGGAGGAUUUCCAACCUUUCCCGCAGCUGGACGGCGCCGUGGCCGCGCCCCAGGCCAUGGCCUCCUUCGCCUUCCGGAUGGCACCUCCCUUGUUGAGUCCCAGUCUGGCUCUCCAGCGGGAACCGUUCUACGAUGUGCCCUGGUACAGCAAGUGGCCGCCAUGGUACCCGAUCGCCCACCUCCCUGGGGAGGUGCCAUACUUAAUGAGCGGCGGCCGCGAGUACACGGGCGCCAGCAAUGAGGAUUUGGGCCGCAGCGACGGGGCCCAGUACCGUGGCCCCGAGCCUGUAAUGCUGCCGGCCUCUGCGGAGGCGUCCCUGGUCCCUGAGGGGCUGAAGUCUGCUCAGUUAGCGUCUUGCUCCCCGCCAAAGCAGUCUGAGGACGGCCCCAAAGCUCCGAGCCCGGAGAGGAAGUCGCCUCAACGCUUCCACUUCACCGAGGAGGACCUGCAGCUGGUUCUGUAUGGGAUCACUCCCAGCCUGGAGCACCCAGCCCUCCUGCAGCACGCCGUUUCCGGCGUCCCGGUCCCCGCAGACAGCGCUGCCUCAGGGUCCGAUUCGCUUCCUCAAACUCUGGACAAAGACUCCCUUCAACUUCCAGAAGGUCUCCGCCUCCUGCGGACAAUGUUCGGGAAAGUCUCGCAUUUUGGGGUGUUCUGCAGCAGCUUCAUUGCCAAGGGAGUCAGGUUCGGGCCCUUUCAAGGCAAAGUGGUCCAAGCCAGCGAAGUCAAGACCUGCCGAGACAAUUCUGUGAUGUGGGAGAUCUUUGAAGAUGGUCAUUUAAGCCACUUUAUAGAUGGAAAAGGCACUGGGAACUGGAUGUCCUAUGUCAACUGUGCCCGCUUCCCCAAGGAGCAGAACCUAGUUGCCGUGCAGUGCCAAGGGCAGAUAUUUUAUGAGAGCUGCAAGGAGAUCUACCAGAACCAAGAGCUCCUUGUGUGGUAUGGCGACUGCUAUGAGAAGUUUCUGGACAUUCCUGUGAGUCUCCAGGUCACAGAGCCGGGCAAGCAGCCAUCCGGGCCCUCUGAAGAGUCUGCAGAAGGUUACAGAUGUGAGAGAUGUGGAAAAGUGUUUACCUACAAAUACUACAGAGAUAAGCACCUCAAGUACACCCCCUGCGUGGACAAGGGUGAUAGGAAAUUUCCCUGUUCUCUCUGCAAACGGUCCUUUGAGAAGCGGGACCGGCUCCGGAUCCACAUCCUCCAUGUUCAUGAGAAGCAUCGGCCUCACAAGUGCUCCACUUGUGGGAAGUGUUUCUCUCAGUCUUCCAGCCUGAACAAACACAUGCGUGUCCACUCUGGAGACAGACCGUACCAGUGUGUGUAUUGCACAAAGAAAUUCACUGCCUCCAGCAUACUCCGCACACAUAUCAGACAGCACUCCGGGGAGAAGCCCUUCAAAUGCAAGUACUGUGGCAAAUCUUUUGCAUCGCAUGCGGCCCAUGACAGCCAUGUCCGGCGCUCCCACAAGGAGGAUGAAGGCUGCUCCUGCAGUGUUUGUGGAAAGACCUUCGCAGGUCAGGACGCUGCCUGCUCGCACAUGAAGUCUCACGAACACUACUAG